UUAAAUCAUAUUUGUUCUCGAACGUCUAACAUUAUUCGUCUAGUAGGAAGUUCAUCACAUUCGGGAAGAGGGAAGAGGUUGCAAAAUGGAAGCUGUAGCGAAGCAUGAAUUCCAAGCUACCGCAGAAGAUGAGCUUUCCUUUAAAAAAGGCUCGAUUUUAAAGGUUAUCAAAACAGAUGACGAUAAAAAUUGGUACAAGGCUGAACAAGAAGGGCGGUUGGGACUUGUUCCAGCGAACUACAUCCAGUUGAAACCACACAGUUGGUUUCAUGGCAAAAUCACAAGAGCAAAAUCAGAAGAAUUGCUGAUGAAUCAGAAGCAUGAUGGAGCUUUUCUCAUCAGAGAAAGCGAAAGUACACCAGGAGAUUUUUCAUUGUCUGUGAGAUUUGGUGACGGUGUACAACACUUCAAAGUCUUGCGUGAUGGAGCUUGCAAGUACUUCUUGUGGGUUGUUAAGUUUAACUCAUUGAACCAGUUGGUUGAUUAUCAUCGCACAUCCUCAGUCAGCAGAUCACAAACUAUAUACCUAAGAGACAUGGCAGAUGAGGCUGCUGCACCGGAGCAAGAUACAUAUGUCGCUGCUUAUGAAUUCCGACCAGAAGAAGAGGGAGAGUUGUACUUUAAACGUGGGGAUUCUAUAUUGGUUCUUGAUAAAGAAGAUGCUAAUUGGUGGAAAGGCAGAAACGUAGCAACGGGGAGUGAAGGGCUGUUCCCAGCUACUUAUGUGCAAAAGAAGUCUUAAAAUUCAAUUUUCACUCUGAAGAAGUAUGCCAUUUCAUAUGACCGUUAAUACAUUAAUCUGAGUGGUAUCAUUUGAUAUUUUGGAGUGAAAGUUUCUGAAAAGAAGCACUGAAAUUGCUGAAUUACCCACACAAAAAAAAAGCAACACAGGAAACUUGUAUUGAAUUUCUCUCUUUGUACAAUUUUUUUCUUUUCUGCUAAUACAAAACAAUAGUCAAAGAGUAUAUUUUAAACAGAUAGGUGAAAUACCGAAUGUUUUGUUUUCCUUUGUUAUAUCAAUUGAUUCAGAGGAUGCAGACAGCUAUGUACAUUUUUGCCAUUUAAUCAAACAAUAAUGAUUAUAUAUAAUAUGCAGUCUAGGUUAAGAGAGUAAAAUUUGCCCUUCCACUCCUCUCAAGAUGAUUACAUUUCUAAGCAGAAAGUUGAUGAGGAAAUCCUCAAGGCUAAAAUUGUGAGACAUGUGGCUCAAAGUUAGGGGAAUCAACAUUAAGAGGGUCUACAAAUCCUAGCCUGUUAACCCUUUAACUCCCAAAAGUGAUUGACAUAAAACUUCUCCCUACAAUAUCCAUACAUUCUUCAGUAAACAGGUAAUGAGAAUAUUCAAACUUAUCGGGUAGAAGCUGCUAUCUUGAUCUAGCACCAAGUUCUCAUGACUAAUUUACAAGGAAAUGUGUAGCAGCUACAGGGGAGAACUAACAAUCAGAUCUUGGGAGUUAAAGGGUUAAGAGACUGUCAAGGCAAGGAUCAAUCAAAAAUGAGUGGGGAAGGGUAGGCUUACUCCCCUUUUCCUACCCUUCCCCCUCUUUGGCUGUUUGACAAACAGCCAGUUCCUUCUCAUCUCUUCCAACAGGAACCUGUUCAUAGGCUAGACAAUAACAUGCUCAUUAUGAUUGCAAACAUAGUUGAAUGUGACUUAAUGUUUAUAAUGAUAUUUUGAAGAAGAGAUACAACUUAAGUGGAGUAGGGCAUGAUUGUGUGGAUGCUGGUGUGAUGUCAAUGUUGUGUAAAGCUCUUUACUGAAUCAAAGAACACAAGUCUUUGCAGUGCAUCUAUUUCACUUCAUUAAAGAGUUUGGAUUUUAACACAUGCAUCUAACAUACCUCAUGAAAGAGCUAGGUCACUAAUUUGUACUGAUAAACAUAUCUUUUGAUUACUUUUACAACAUGUUGCAGGUCCAAUAUGCUUUUAACUGGGUUUGAAGAUCUGGGCCACUUUUUCAUGUUCUAAGUAAGACCUGUGGGGAACUUUUUCCUGCAUAUGUUAGGGUAUGGGUUUUUGGAGACAAUCGAUACCCAUAAGAGACCUAGAUUCCUCUUUGACUGAGAAAGUUCUGUAAAUAAAAAAUCCUUGAUCUCUUGUAUUUUUAAAUUGUAAACAUAACUAGAUAAUUAAAUACCAGUCAUUGUAGUCGCCCCUGUUAGGGGGUCAGGUGGGGGGGGGGGGAUGUUUCUGUGGGCCAUCCUUUCCUGCUGUUCAUUUGAUUGCAAUUAUAUUCCUCUCUCUCACCACUGAUCUAAUCAAUUACUUUAUCUCCACAAAGCAUGGAAGAAGUUCCUCUAUGGAGGCUUGGGUCAUGUUUCUCCCAGCCUUACCAGCAAUAGAAUAAUCAAAAUUGCUUUUUGGGAGCUUAAUUUAAUAUAUCAUAUGUAUGUAUUCAAUCAAUGCUAUUGUUUGUCGACAAGAAUUUAUGCAUUAUAGUUUUCCAGCAUGAAGUUGUAAUGAACAAGAUUGUAGUGGGUCUAAACUUGUCAGGAAUUGUUUGGGUGUCACCUAGAUUUAUUUUUCUCAGUUUUUGUUUACUGCACACGUCUUUUUUUUUUUUUUUUUUUUAAGAAUAAGGUCCUGUGAGAAAACUUCAGGGUUGAUAGAAUGCAUAUAAUGUAGAACUCCAUAUUUGUAACAAGAUUUAAAUGAUUUACCGCAAUAGAAACAUUUUUUAAUGGCAAUGCAUAUAGUAAUAAAGAAAUAAUUUUCUGGUAAA